AAAAAGUGUAAGAAAGGGGGAGGGAGGAGUAGAAGGAGGAGGGGAGCUAGCACGCACACUUCAAACUCUUCUUUUUCUUUUAAAUUCAUCUCUCCCCACUUGUACUUUCUUCAUCUCGUCAUUAAAUCAUCAUGCCAUUGCGAAAGAAACGCAACUUUAAGAACUUGACACUCGAGAACUCACCUGUGGUUGUGAGCAAUACAGGGGCACCAGCACCAAUAGCCAAAGUGCCUGACAAACGACGGUCAUCAGCACGACGACUCGAGGAGGAAUAUAGUAAGCUAUGUGAGCAGCUGAGCGAUUUGGAGAUUGGACUCGAGUUGCGGCUGGAUCUGCGUCCCGAGGAUUUCAAGACUAUCGAUGAACUGGGCCGAGGCAAUGGUGGAACUGUAUGUAAAGUGCUACACGUACGAACCAACACGGUUAUGGCGAGGAAGGUGAUUCACGUGGAAGCCAACGUCAAUGUUCGAAAACAAAUCAUGCGGGAGCUUCAGUUUAUGCAUGAUUGCAACUCUCGACAUAUUGUGAGCUUUUACGGCGCAUUCAUGAACGGUGGUGACAUUUCAAUCUGCAUGGAAUAUAUGGACAUUGGCUCACUCGACCGAAUCUACAAAAAGCAUGGGCCGAUUCCCCUGGAUGUAUUAAAGAAAAUUGCUUAUGCGAUUGUAGACGGUUUGAUUUAUUUGUAUGACGAGCACCGUAUUAUUCAUCGCGAUUUGAAACCAUCCAAUGUACUGGUCAACUCGUUAGGACAGAUCAAAUUAUGUGAUUUUGGCGUAUCCGGACAACUCAUCAAUUCAGUUGCAGAUACGUUUGUCGGCACGAGCUCUUACAUGAGUCCGGAACGUAUUAUGGGAUCGCCGUACUCUGUCAAAUCCGAUGUAUGGUCACUCGGCAUCACCUUGAUGGAACUGGCACUGGCCCGGUUCCCGUUCCCGCCAGAUGGAAACCCACUGUCCAUCUUUGAGUUGCUCCAACAUAUCGUCAAUGAGCCUGUCCCGUCGUUCCCUCCCAACAGGUUCCCUGAUGUCCUGGUUGAUUUUGUGGAUAAAUGUUUGGUCAAGGACGUACAACAGCGGGCGACGCCCAGCGAUUUAAGAGUACGUAUAGCUUCUAGAAGCAUGCCGAUUGUGCUGUACUGUUUUCAUUAAUCCACUAUGUCUGUUUAGAACCACGAGUAUUUGGCAAAUGC